CACAUGUUUAUGAACACAGAUUACCACUGUUGGCCGAAAACCGCCAGUGCCUUGAAUCCUACUCCAUUUAACCCGUGCAGGGGAGUUCAGAUCAAGUGGAUAGAGGAACCACCGGAUGUCUCUAAGUAUGGUGUAGAAUUCAAUGCCACGGCCGAAUUAACACUCACCCAAGAGUUUUACGUCUGGGGUUUCCAGCAAAAUAUCUUCACCGGAAUUAAAGGUUCCAUGGGAGCAAGCAGCAGCACAGAGGCCCAGACUUGGUGUGAAACAACCGUAUGCCCGUCCAAAGAGACCGCAAAUGAGGCAAAUUGUUGUAUUCACCAUUUCAAUAUACACAGCUGUCCGGCUAACGAGGACGGAAUGACAAACAACCUGUGUGGACCUUGGAUCCCUGCCAGUGGCACAAUUUACACCCACUCGCAGGCCGUGGUGGGAUCGCCUUCACGGGGGAACUGGUCCAGCACCGUGAGUGGACUAUUUUUGGCAGGGGAGCAUUCAGUCAUUGCGCAUUUUAAAAUUGCUGGGAUGCACUUGGCAUUGGUUAAGAAGGUCAAAGUUCAUCCAAAAUCUGUAUGCGGUGAUGGUUUUUGUCAAGCUGAGGAGGAACGGUGUUCCACCUGUCCGCAUGAUUGUGGAAAAUGUCCCCUGACGUCAGUACAGAUCGGAAUCAUCGCCUCCUUUGUCGUGACCUGUGUCAUUGUUGUUAUAGGGUUUUUAACUGUCAUUCAGUAUCAGAGAAGAAAAUUACUCUUUGAUGAGAGUUGGAUCAUUCCAUAUUCGAAAUUAGUUAUAAACAACAACACAAUGUUAUUCAAUAGUUUCAUCAGUAGGAUCUCUCUCAAGUACGGAGAAGAUGAUAUCUCCACGGGACAAACCGGCAUGCAAGUGUUUGCACAGACGGCGAAAUUAGAUGGGAAAGUCGUUGCUGUCAAAAAUAUUAAUAAAUACAACUUUAUUUUGUCCAAAACUCUUCGACUUGAAGUCAAAGAAAUAAGAGAAUUGCGGCAUCAUAAUCUGUGUCAAUUUGUGGGUGCUUGUGUGGAGGUCCCCCAUGUGUGCAUACUGAUGGACUAUUGUGCGAAGGGUGCACUCGCGGACGUCAUUCAGAACGACGAAAUCCCACUUGCUUGGUCCUUCCGGUUUUCUUUUUCUUCCGACAUUGCGCAUGGUAUGGAAUAUCUGCAUAGCCAUGGCAUUAUUCAUGGUCGACUUAAUUCCAGUAAUUGUGUAGUGGACGAUCGAUGGUCGGUAAAAAUCACAGAUUACGGACUUCCUCUCCUGCGCAAGCAUGACUUCAAAUCAGACGAAAUGACGUCAGACUUCCAGAGCAGACAACGCCACGUCUAUUGCGCUCCGGAAGUAGGAGGUGCCUUCCCAGUGUUCACAAAAUUAUCUGACGUCUAUGCUUACGGGAUUGUCCUAAUAGAAAUAGCAAAUAGAAGUGAACCAUAUGGGGAUGAAGACUUAACCACGCUACCCCCUCACUGGAAACCGCCAUUACCGAAACUUAAAGGUGACAAGGAGGAAGACAACUGCCCGUCACCAACAGCUUUCUGUGCCCUGAUUGAUGAAUGUUUAGACUCCAGAGCAUCUGAAAGACCCACGUUUGGCAACAUUAGAAAAAUCUUGUACAAAAUCAACCCAAAUAAACAAAAUCCAGUGGACCUCAUGAUGGCAAUGAUGGAAAAGUAUUCAAAGCACUUAGAGCAGAUUGUAGCUGAACGGACUAAUGACCUAACGCUGGAAAAACUGCGGACGGAUCGACUGCUCUACAGUAUGCUCCCUAAGGAAGUGGCCGACGUAUUGAGGCGAGGAUAUCCAGUUGAGGCUCAGUAUAUGGACGCCGUGACAAUUUACUUCAGUGACAUUGUCGGAUUCACGACAUUGUGCUCAAACAGCACCGCUAUGGAAGUUGUGAAUCUUCUGAAUAAGCUGUACAUAACUUUUGAUGAGGUCAUAGAACUCUACCAUGUAUACAAAGUUGAGACAAUCGGGGAUGCAUAUAUGGUAGCGUCCGGUGUCCCCGAGCCUUAUCCUACCCACGCUAUAGAAAUAGCCCGGAUGGCUUUAAGCCUGGUCCAAAUUUGCGAGGUGUUUGUCAUACCACAUUUAUCAGAACAAAAGCUAAAGAUAAGAGUUGGUAUUCACUCAGGCUCUGUGUGUGCUGGUGUUGUGGGUCUGAAGAUGCCGCGCUACUGUUUGUUUGGAGACACGGUAAACACGGCGUCCAGGAUGGAAUCUAACGGUGACGUUUAUAGAAUUCACAUAAGUGGGGAUACAUAUAAGCUAUUACAAACCGGAACUUUCAAGUUCGAGGCACGUGAUAAAAUAUCAGUCAAAGGCAAGGGUGAAAUGCAGACGUAUUGGCUCCUUGGAGAGGAUACACCCAAAGACAUGCCAAUCCUUAAAACGAGGAAUGAACACUUCAACGAAAACACUUCGACAUCGAACUUGAGGAAACCUUUCGAGCAUUCGCAACAAAACGGAAAAAGAAUAUAUGUCAGUUCAGUGGACAGCCUGUUGAAAGAAAUGGACAGAUUUAUGUAGUAUCAGUUUCAACAAACCUUAGAUUUCUUUUUUUUCAAAAGUGAUAAUCAACACUCUGGGUUGUACACAUUAUUCUAAUUUUAAUGUUGACUAUUUGUGAACUGUAUGGAUCUUUACUUAUUCCGUAGAGGCAUUUUUAAUUUUACAAGUUUUUUUUUUAAUAAGUGCUAAAAUAUUGUAAAACUGAAUGAAUACGAAAGCUUACAAUAUAUGUUUAUACAUGUAAAUAAACUUGGAUGUGUGUGUUUCGCCAGAUAGUGCUAAAAGAUUGUAAUUUUGUGAAUGAAUAUGAAAACUUAAAAUACAUGUUUAUAAAUUAUGAACAAUCAGAAAUCUUGGAUGUAUGUACGGUGCAUAUUUCACCAGAUAGUGCUAAAAGAUUGUGAUUCUGUGAAUGAAUAUGAAAGUGGUGGUGAUAAGAACUAACUGAUGUCUUUCUAUCUAUUUAUUUAAUUGACAGAAUCAAUCUCAAACCAGCGUUAUCUUUCGUCUCUUAUAAGCACUUACCUCUGUUCGCGGAUGACAAGUGUUAAUAUUUUUACAGUGAUUUUAAUCUUAACACACAAGUAAAGAAGAAUAUGUAGUA